AUCAAGAUCAAGUCUCAGAAUAUCAAUUUUUCAUUCGGGAGCGCUAAUAUUUUUUCAAACCAUUGUGCGAUUCCAUAAACACAGAAUAUAAUGCCUACGAAUUCUUUUCUAAGUAUUUUCGCAAUCUUUGCAUUCUUUCUGAGUUCUGAUAAGAGCGAGCGCUUUGUUGUGUUUGUGUUGUUACAAGUAGUCUCAGUUGAUUCAUGAUGGCGGAAUGCAAGUUCUCAAGUUGUUAUCUCGUCAAUAGACCGGCGUGUGCACGAAAAAUGUGAAUUUGUGACUUCUAAGUUCUACUCAAGUCUUACAGACCUAAAUUCACCAAUUUUAUUUUGAUUCAUAUACUCGUGCACAGUUUAAUUAGACGUUCUUGCUGUAUGAUGUGAGUUUACUUUACCGCAAGAGCUCAUAGCAGUUCAACUCAACUUCAACUUCAUCGUGGAUUAUCGGCGAUCGUGUCUCAUCAGUGCACCAUCAAUUCGAGCGUACCUGUUUGUCUAAUUUUUUCACAUUUAGUCGAAACCUGGUUGAAACAGCGUGCCAAACAAACCACAAAACCUUUGAGGUGAAUUGCACAUUAUCAUCAUGCCACGACAACCGGCUGAUAACGGGCGACACACGUUGCACCACCUUCUUGCCCUCUGUUUGAUCUCUUACUCUUCUUGUCAUCGUCUUCGUCUAUCUGCUUCCUUUUCCACGUGGAUACCGGCUUCAGUAAAUUCUUCUGUCCCUCACUAACCUCUGACUCUGCUUUUCCGCUGCUCUAACUUUCCAUAUCGCUAUCAUGGCUCCAGUCCGAUACCGGAAUCGAAAGACUCAUCAUGCUACAAGCAAUGCACUAAAAAGCAAAGAUAACUUCAAGAAUAAUAAUUCUUCAUCAUCUGCCCCUUGUGUAAAGCAAGGAAUAGUGCGUAAAGCUCCUCAGGACUUCAAUGUCAUGUAUCCUAGUACUGGAACUGUUUUCAAAAUUUUACUCUCUGCAAGAUUUUGUGCUGCUAUAUGGAGUAUAAUAUCAGACUGUGAUGAAACUUUCAACUAUUGGGAACCGAGUCAUUUUCUAAUAUUUGGUAGCGGGUUCAAAACAUGGGAGUAUGAUGUCAAGUAUUCUCUCCGCUCCUACUCAUUCAUAUCAUUUUUCACUUUUCCUGUCUAUUUGUAUGAGUUUUUUUUGAAGCCGAACAAAGUUUUGCUCUUCUACUUUGUGAGAUGUAUCUUGGCAUUCUCUUCAGCAUUUUGCGAAGUUUGCCUGUACAAAGGAGUUUGUUGGGAAUUUGGUGUGCAUGUUGGAAGACUGAUGCUAAUUUUCCUUCUGUUUAGUCCAGCCAUGUUUAUAUCUUCAACUGCAUUUUUGCCCUCAAGUUUUUCCAUGCACAUGACUUCUGUCUCAUUUGGUCUGUGGUAUCAACGAAAAUAUAAAGGUGCCAUUCUUGCAACUGCUUGUUCUGCACUGUUCAGCUGGCCAUUUGCUGCUGUUAUCGGGAUUCCUAUUGCCUUAGAUAUGCUUUUUUUGAAGAAAAAAGUAGUUUCUUUUAUAUCCUGGAGUGCCAUUUCAGUACUGGUGUUUGUGCCAAUGCAAAUCGUAAUUGAUGCUCAAUUUUACAACAAGUUCACCUUUACUCAACUGAAUCUAAUUUUUUACAAUAUUUUCUCAUCUCACGGGCCCACAUUAUACGGCACGGAACCUUGGUACUUUUACAUCAUCAAUUGUUUUCUAAAUUUCAAUAUCGUGUUUUUGGCAGCUUGUUUUGCACCUUUAGGGUUGCUGUUGGUAAAAUUGUUUGUCCCAUGCAAAUCUCGAGAUGAAGGGUAUCUGUCUGUCUACUUGACAAUCUUAUCUUUUGCCUUAUGGUUUGGCAUUUUUAUCGCACAGCCGCACAAGGAGGAAAGAUUUCUGUUCCCAAUCUAUCCGCUCAUCUGUCUGGUAGGAGCCAUUGGUUUGGAUACCUUCCAAAAAUUGUGGUUCAGAUUUAUUGUCCGAUCAGGCACUCACUACUUGAAGCAUACAUUUUAUCUGUGGGUGCCUGCUGUCACUGUUUUCAUUCUGCUUGGACUGUCUCGUAUUUUUGCACUUAGCAGAGGAUAUCAUGCCCCAAUUGAUACAUAUAUGGAACUAAGUGGGAUUCAUGCCGAUAAUGCAGUAAAUGCUCCUCCUGGUCAAACCAUCAAUGUUUGUGUAGGAAAAGAGUGGCACCGAUUCCCAAACUCAUUCUUCUUACCCUCUGAUCAGUGGCAACUACAUUUCAUCAAAUCAGAAUUCAAAGGACAGUUACCAGAUAAAUUUGAAAAAGAUGCUAACGGGAAGCCCAAGCCAUCAGCUUUUGUGAAUGAUGGAAAUUUGGAAGAACCAUCCAGAUAUGUUGACCCUCAUAUCUGUCAUUUUCUAGUUGAUCUCGACAAUGGUGUUGAUUCAGAGCUAGAGCCCAAUUACUCAGCUCACUCAGAUGACUGGCUUAUUGUUAAAUCAGUUCCUUUCUUAAAUGCUGCAAAAUCAAAUCGAAUUUUGCGAGCAUUUUACAUUCCUUUUCUCUGGAAUAGCAACGAAUUUGGAUCCUACAAUCUACUAGCAUCCAAAAAGAAGUUUCAGUCCAAAGCUCAUUCUUUCAGCUACAGGAAGAAGAAUGGAUAACUUGCAACCAAACACUAAGGUAUGAAAAUUAAUCAUCGGGAAUUGUACAUUGAACUUGUUAAGCUCUAUGUGCAGAAUGCAGAUGUAAUUUCUAUCAUCAACUGCCUGCAUAACUUAUUUUUACAAGUUGAGUUUCAGUACUUGUUAAGGGGCAGUAUUUUUAAGUUAGCACAAGGAACAAUCCUCUUUCCAAGUUUAAAUGGCCUAUGACUUCUA